CGUAACAACGUACUUGACAACAAUGCGCGUUUAAAUUUCAAUCAAAGAAGUAAAUUGUACUCAUGAUACUUGAAAAUCAAUCGCACUAACACAUUCUGUAGCUAGUCCAUCGAUACAAAUGUUGUCAUUGUUUAUCGACAAGAUCAGAUAAAUAUUUAUGUUGUGCGGAAAACAUAACCUCCAAGGAAUAUUUACAAUUUCUCGUAAACUUUUGAUAGAUCGAGUGUUCGAUGAUAUGAACAAUUCAAAACGAUGUUGGAAGGACUUGUCGCUUGGGUACUCAAUAAUUAUUUGGGGAAAUACGUGGAAAAUUUAAAUACCGAUCAGUUGAGCAUUGCAUUGCUGUCAGGAGAAGUAGAGCUCGAAAAUUUGCCUCUAAAGCGAGAAGCACUGAGACACAUUGGAUUACCGAUAGAGGUUAAAGCAGGAUUCAUAGGUAAAGUGAGAUUGCAAGUUCCGGUACGGCAGAUAAGGACAGCAUCUUGGGUGAUUGCGAUAGAACAACUUUAUCUCGUAUCAGGACCAAUUUGUUUAGAUGAGUAUGAUUCAGAAGUUGAGGAGCAAGCUCUCCAGGAGUACAAACUCGGUCGUUUGGAUUCCCUCGAAGCCAGAUGGCGAGCACAUAAGGAAGCAGAUCCCGGUUAUUAUGCAACCAGUUACAGUUCGUGGCUCAAUUACGGUACAUCGUUGGUUACGAAUAUAAUCGAGAAUCUGCAGCUAAACAUAAAGGACGUGCAUCUACGAUAUGAGGAUGAUGUCACGUUUACAGAUGGUACCGGGAUAGCAUUGGGUGUGACGAUAAAAGGUUUAACGGCACAAAGUUGCGACGCAAGUUGGUUGCCGGGAUCAACAUCAUGGAACUUGACCGACGCAUCUUACAAGCUGAUGGAGCUAGAUGGCUUAUCGAUUUAUUGGAAUCAUUUGAAGAGCGAGAAGGAUUAUUUUGGUCGUUUGAAUUUGGGUGAUCUAGCAAUGGCAAUGAGCGACACGGGGAAAACAUCAUGGAAACAUUUAUUAUUGCCGGUGAGCGCGAAAGCUCACAUAAAAAGAGAUCGCUCAGAAAAUCCGUUGCGAUCGACAAUACGUCCGAGGAUAGUCCUCGACCUUCAGUUGGAUCAAGUACCGAUGUCAAUUACGGACGAGCAAUACGAUCAAAUAGUGAAGUGCAUAAGAGAGUUGGAAGAAAUAGAUCGUCGUAGAAGGCAGAGGCGAUGUCGACCGAACGUUUCGAUAUCGGAGGCGGCAAAAGAGUGGUGGAAAUAUGCGGCACGUUGUCACAUCGGGAAAGACACCUUGAAUAAAAAAAUCACAUGGGACGACGUUAUACGACGUGGCAACGAGAACGUUGCUUACGUCGAGGCGUAUACAAAAUUAUUAGAAAGUCCCACAUCGAUAUUACCACCGGAAACGAAGCAAAUGAAAGACAAAAUUGAGCAAGAACGGACGUACGACGAUUUACGAUUGUUACGGGAAUUAGCAAUGGCGAAAGUAGCACCAAGUUGGAAAUCGAUGGCUCAAGAAACAUCUGCAGCGAAGGUUCCACCUGCUCGAGGUAUCCUCGUUCAAUGGUUUCCCCAGUGGUGGGGUUGGCACUCGAAAAAUUCUCAACCAAGUACGCAAUCUUCAUCCUCGACUUUCGACGGUGAACUUCUCGACGUUUUGGCCGAUACAAUUGACGACAAUACGCUGCUACGACGUGACACUGUUUUUGGCCAAUUCAAUUUCACCCUUGCGAAAGGCGCAAUUUCCGUAUGUACCGCCGGCAACACCACCGACAAUAAUUGUGUACCGAAAAAGGUGAUGGAAUUACAAUUCGAACGAGUCGAUUUGACCUACGAGUCUCGGCCGCGUUCGGGUUCCCACAAAUUUUCCAUAAGCCUCGGAGCCCUUUAUCUCCACGAUUUUCUCACUGAUAAGUCAAUGUUUCCGAUCUUAAUACAACCGCAAACAGCACCGGGCUCUUCGUCUCGUUUACGAGCGUCGUCGGAAAAACUGGUAACCCAACCUUCGGAGCCCCUGUUCGAGAUGAUAUACGAAAAGAAACCGCUGCACAUCGCGGUCGAUCAUUUGCUCCACGUAAAUUCACGAUCCCUCGACGUUGUUUGGAAUCCUCAAGCAGUCCAAUGGCUCAAAAGUUUCAUAAGCAGACCACACAGAAACUCAUCCAGUCGCCGUAUACAAGCGAUGAAACGAAGAACGCGACGUCAAAUAAUGAAAAAUUGGGAACAAAUACUCGAGGGUGAGGUCGUCUAUCGGUCCUCGUGGGACUUGCAGUUCAAAAUAUCAGCGCCACAAAUAUUGCUCGUCGAGAGUUUUACAGAUUGCAACGCGGCGGUGGUCGUCGUUGAUUUUGGAAGAUUGCAUCUAACGAAUAGCAUAAAAAGCAACGGGCCAGUCGUCUUUCGUCCCGGUUCCCCGGGCAGUGAAGAGGAGGAGGAAAGAAAAAAGUAUGGAGAGGGUGAGGAGGACGACGAUGAGGAAGACGAGAGAUUCGAAACGCCGUGCUCGACACCUCCGGGAAGUCAAGAAAACGGUUCGAUCGACGAUUUCCAAGGUUUCACCGAAACCGCGUUUCAUCACAAACUGUACGAUCAGUAUUCCGUCGAUCUUUCCGAUCUCCAGGUACUCGUUGCCAAGGUAAAGGACAAUUGGAAGCACGCCCGUACGCGUGGAAUGUCAUCGCUCCACGUGCUCGAACGUUUCAACAUAACGUUGCAGAUCGAGAGACGAGUGAUCAGUACGACAGAUCCGCAGUUCCCAUCGAUCACCAUUUCCGGCAACUUACCGAGGCUCGUUGUUCACGUUAACGAGCAAAAAGUCGAAGCAAUGAGAACGAUGUACGAGAGAUUGUCGAGAUUCGGUGAGGCGAGUAGAAACGGAUCGCGAACGGAAGUAACGAGCUUGAAUUACGAGCCCGAGAGCCCGAAGAAAAUUCACGAUCGGAACUCGAGCCACGCUAUGAUGGUUCAAUUCAUAGUCGAUCAAAUGACCUUCGAGCUUCAAUCCCGAGGACGAAGCGUCGCUGAGUUGCAAGUCUCAGGAGUUAAAACUGCCUUGAGCAAACGACCGGCCGACAUGAGCGCUUCUCUGUCGGUCCACGGUUUGUUAUUGGUCGAUGCUAUGCAAGAAUUCGGGCCGGAUUUCGAGUUGCUCGUAGCUAGUCACAAGCACGUUGGCAUGGACAGCGUUUCCGGGAGUUUAAGAGAUUCCGAGCCAACGUCACCGGUUUCACCGAUUUCUCCGGGCUCGCCCGACCCGACCGUGUCUCGCAAGCUCACCUCACCGGUCGCUCUCACACGAGCGCUCUCCAGUUUAGCUCGCGACGUGAAAAAUCCUGCAUCACCGAAAAACAAUUCUCUCGUUGGACUCGACCAAUUGGACUCGGAAGCUCUGAUCGUCAUCGAAGUAAUCCUCGUCGAGGACGAUCCAAACGAAAAGCUGCGAGUGGCCAACAUACAAUUCAACAACCUCGAUAUAAUCGCGAACCAAGAAACGAUCGUCGAGCUGAUGGGUUUUGCCAGGAGAAUCUUUCCAACGGGCAAAUCACGUUCCAAACGAGUCGAGAGAACCGAUUCGAUCGCGAGCUUGCCGAGCGAAACAAAAGUUUCAACGAGAACGGAAAUUACUUUCGAUUUUCACCGACUAAACGUUCUUCUCUUGCGAGCGAUAAUGCAGGACAGCCAUUUGGUGGGACGGAAAAUAGCAACGGCGACCAUGUCCGACGCCAGGAUUCAAGCAACGCUCGCCAAUGACACAUCGAUCCUUGGCUCCCUCGGAGGUCUCCAAGUUUUGGAUCAAACCCUCAUCGGUAAAACUCAUCAAAGAAUAAUAAGCGUCGGACGCGACCCAAUUGCUGAUCCAUCGGAUAAUCGGAUCGAGCACUUCUCCAAUUUGUCCGAUCAACCGGAAGCCUUUAGAUUUUCGGCGUCCAGAAGUUCGAGCCAUUCCGAGAGUCUCGAGGGCGUUGAAACCAGCGCGGUAAUAUCGAUAAGAGUCGGUAGCGUUUGGUACACCCACGCUCCACACUUGAUCUCAGAACUGCGAUCUUGCGCCGACGAGUUCAAGCAAUACCUGAGCAAUCUCGCGCGACACAUCAGUGCCGCAGCUACCGAUAUGGCGAUAGGUUUGGUGCACGCCGAAGAUUGGACGGUGCCGCAGCGAAGACGUUUGCCGAGCGUAUCGAUCGAUGGAAACGAGAAUCCGAGCGUUCUGCGACUGAAACUCGACCUCGUCCUCGACAGCCCGGUCCUCGUUGUGCCUCGCGCAUCCGCCAGUCCGCAGGUAUUCGUCGCUCAUCUUGGCACGAUGUCUCUGCAGCACGAGCCAUCCAACGAGACGACGCACAAACAUAAAUUGUCCCUCGAAGUAAGAGACAUGAAUCUGUAUUCGUUGGAUGUUGCAAGCAAAAUCAAUCGAGUCACGAGUUUGCCGAUCCGAGCAGAGGAUUUGUACUCAUGUAAGGAGUCCGGGAAACCCGUGUUGCAUGAUACCAUGAUCAAAGUUACGAUCGAACGGGAGUUGCCUAAAAGUUUCGUCGACCAGGAUAUUCUACUGGAGCAAGAAGCUGUAGAAAAUCCGAUUUUACAUAUUCAUGGAAUCGUCAUAACUCCCCUUCAGGUAUCGUUGUCGCGUGGCCAAUACGAACAACUUUUGGACACGAUUAAUCGGUUGUUUUCAGUGCCGAGAGCCGCGGAGCCGAAGGAGCCACAAAAUCUUUACAGGUCAGCAGGAGGGCCUUACUAUUCCGAUAAGUUUGACCUUUCGAUAAAGGCGCUCUUCGAACUUCCUACGUUGAGCGUCGAAUUGAAGCAGGAUCGUUCGGAGCAGCCUCUCGUCGCAAUGUCGAUGUGCGAUUUCGUCGCAAAGUACGAAAAACUACAGAAAAAAGAAUCAACGAUGCAGGUUUCGUUGCGUUCGUUGCUGGUCGAGGAUCUGCUGUGUCCGAUUGGAUCGAGGCAUCGUUACAUGAUGCAAUCAUCGGCACCAACGAGAGCGGCCAAGUUGCCGGUCGGCGUAUCCAAGUCCUGUCCCGACCUGGCGCUUAAUCGUCGUUGGAAAAGUCUUCGGGGUAGUUUACCCGACAGAUUGGAGACCGAUACGCUGUACGGGACGAUCCCACCGCAUUGGAGAAAAGCACCCUCGAUGGCAGACACUCCGAAUACUCCGCCACCAUCACCGGGAGCCGUCACGACCGAGGAAAAUCUCGUACUCCUGAGUUUCACUAUGACGGAAAAGGAGCCUGCUGCGGACGGGCGAAUCGUUUACAAACAAUUGAUCGGCAUUGACUUCAAUUGCCUCGACCUCGUCAUAAGCGUUGAAUCUUGGAUGAUCGUGUUGGAUUUUUUCAGCAUUGGAACCCCGACGAGCGCUCAUCCACGAACGACUCUACACCAGACGAAAACAACGACGGCAGCGGCGACGACGACGACGACGACGGCGACGACGACGACGACGACGACGACGACGACGACAACGACAACGACGAGCGCGACAUCCGCUACCGAGCAAGAGGACAAUCGAGAUAUUCAAUCGGAAACUGACAUCGAAGUGAGAUCCUUGACUCUGGUGCUGACACAAUCCGAUCGUGAAAUCGCCAAAGCCAACGUUUCAAACGCCAGCAUGCACAUCCUCAAAGACAGUCGAAGGACAAAAGUCUCAGGUUCGUUGGGAUCCAUGUCGCUACUGGACCUGACACCGCAUGGGAGAUUUUAUCGCGAGAGAUUCUCCUCCUCCGGUAGGAAAGCAUUUAAUUUUCAGUAUUCCAGUUACACAGAUUCAAGAAAAAUGCCAUACGACGCUCAACUCAAGCUCCACAUGUCCGCUGUUCAUUACGUUCACACACAAAGAUUCGUCGCCGAAUUGCAAUCCUUUUUUCGGCAUUUUUCACAAUUACGAGCCGUCAUGGCGAAUCUACGCAACGAUGGAACCGUCAUAGUUACCAAUGAGAGAAACACGAGAUUGUCAUUGGAAUUGCACGCUGGUGCACCGGUCAUUUUACUGCCAGUUAGUUCCAGGUCGGACGAGUUGAUAUUGCUGGAUUUAGGCGAAUUGACGGCCCACAAUUCAUUCAGCGAAUCGGCGCUUGACGAAAAGUGUCUUUUGGACACGAUAAGCCUGGAGCUCGUGAACAUGGACGUUUACACAGCGAAGCGAUUGAGAUACGAGGAUCAGAGCGAAAACGUCGAUACACUCGUGGUCGGUGGUUUUCUACUGAAGAAGCUGGGGCCGUCGUUGCUCACGGAAAUGUGUCACUUGAAGCUUCGCAUUGAGAGAAACCUCGACACUUACGUCAGUCGGCGUAUUCCCGAUUUGAGCGUUCAUGGAACAUUAUCGACGAUGAAUUGUGCCCUCGAUCCUGCUCAGUACAUGCUCAUACGUGGCUUCUUGUCUUACAAUGUAGGCGAAAAUUUGGACGACAUAAGAUUUUUCGUCGAGGAUUCAGCGGACACGAGGGAGCGGCCUGUAGCAACGACGAUCGAAACAACGACGAGCGUGUGGACGAAAUCUUGUAUAAUUUUGGACAUCGUAAACGUGACGUUGAAGCUCCACCCCAAUCACGGUAUAGCCGCCUUGGCGUGCGUUAACUUUAUAAAAUCACGGUUAACCCUGGACUCCCUGAGCGACGGAUCGCAGGACAUCGAUCUGGUAUCCCAAGAGAUACUGGUCACCGAUACCCGAUUCCAAGACGAGCCAGUGAACAAACGUUCCAACGUUUUCACCAACAUUCUCCAGCCAUUGAAACACUUCGACGGAGUCGACGAUCGCGUACAGGCUGAGGUUCAUCACCGGAGACGGAGAAGCAAUUCAGCUACGACGAUAUUGCUGCACAGCAUGAGAUUGACGGCUAUUCUCGAUUGGUGGGAAGCAGUCAGAGACUUUUUGAUCCUGAACGCGCCCGAACCCGAGCCCAUUUCCGGAAUCGUUCGAGCUCUUAUUGCGCAGGACAACGAGAAUACUUCACAGAUCGACUGUGCACUGGCUCCAUUCGAGCUCAAGUUGAAUAUCACGGAUUCGGAGUUGGUCGUAGUCGAGGACACAUCGCUGUGGGACACAAACGCUGUUAUACUGAAGUGCACCGCGAUAUUGGCUUACCGUUCGGUUCCCCUGGACGGCGAAAAACCGUUGUCCUGUAAUUUGUCGCAUUGUGAACUCUUCUCCUGUAUUCUUGGGAUGGAAGAGGAGACGGCUUUGUCGAUAAUCGACCCGGUUGGCGCCAGUUUGGAAUUGAACAACGAGCGGUGUCUGGAAAUACAGUUGCAACCGUUGAGCGUUAAACUGAGUUAUCACGACGUGACAAUGUUCGCGCGGAUGCUGAGGUCGUUGCCGAAGCAAACGCUUCUGGCGAAGCAGCGCUCGCACGGGCCACCGGCGAACGCCAAGAGCCACGUUAUGAAGCUUCUGGCGUUGGGGUUCGCUGAAACCGACUGCGAGGCAGCGCUGGACCGUUGCAACGGACAACUGGACGACGCGGCACUGUGGCUGACACAAAAUGCCAUCCCGAGCAUGGAUACCUCGACGACGAACGGCCUCUUUUUUCACACCGUCGAGGUCGACGCUUCCUGCUUAAAAGUGUGCAUCAUCGACGAUUGCCGGGACGCUGACGUGCCCUUGUUGGAAAUAGUCCUCAUAGAUUUGUCGUUGGGCCAAGCGCUCGAAGGACCGGGCACUCUGCGCGCGACCUUCGGUAUCGAUUAUUACAACCGAGUCCUCAGUGGAUGGGAGCCUUUUAUCGAGCCUUGGAAAGCGAGUAUCGAAUGGGAGCACACUUUGUCCAAUUCCGUUACCUCCAGAAGGCUCCAGAUAAACGUUCAGUCGAACCACUCCGUUGACCUCAAUGUGACCUCGACCUUCGUCGAGCUUGUAACUCUCGUCAAGCAAAAUUGGACCCAAGAUUAUUAUUUUUUAAAUAAAGAUUCUUCCUUCAGAGCUCCCAGGGAGAGUCUUCAAGGUUAUCGGAGGCGCUCGCCGUUCGUGCCGUUCGCUCUGAAAAACGAGACGGGCUCGAGGCUCUGGUUCAAAACGUACAUCGCCGUCGCGGAUGACAUGAGGGACACGAGCUUGCGCGCCAAGACCCCGAUUCCUGUGAAACGUGACGAAAGUUGGUCCGAAGUGUCGCCCGGUGGUACCGUGCCGUUCACGUUCGAGGAACGCGGCAAACUUCGUCAUCAUUCGAGCCACGUUGUCCGAAGGCAUCAAGUUGCUGUUCUCGUCGAGGGAUGGAAACCCGUUGAACCCGUUACGAUCGAUAGAGUUGGCAUUUAUUUCAGGCACGCGAUCGCUGAUACGAGCGGGGAUCGUACGAAUCCGAUAAAAACGAGACUCGUAUUCGCCGUUGAGCUCGAAGGAUCGGCCAGGAAAUUAGUGACGAUCAGAUCGGCUCUCCAGGUUUGCAAUAAAUUGUCAUACCCCGUUGAUGUGAAACUCGAAAAAUUGCCGCAAAACCACGUUGGCUAUCAGGUACCUUACGCUUAUUUGAGCGGCAAGAAUCUUCAGGUUCCGGCUCAGUCGAUUACUUCGGUGCCGUUGAUGCAUACGGGGGUACAAAUGACCGUGAGGCCGCUGACGCCUGCCAAAGCUUUCCAAUAUUGCCUCGAGCCCAUCGAAUGGACCGCGGUGAGGAAACCAUCGGAAAUCGUCGAGACCCACACCACGUGUCGGACCAACCAAAACGACAUUUUUCGCAUUUGCGUCGCCGUUAGACGCGACAAUUAUCCGGUUGACGCUAACCAAAUGCUGCCUGCGCACACGAUAUCUCUGUUGCCUCCGGUCACCUUGACCAAUCUCUUGCCACACGAAUUGCUCUACGAAGUUGGCCCCGAAAAGGGCAGAAUUCCUCCGGGUAACAGUGCCGACUUGCAUAACGUCGAUGUCAGAGAGCAGCUCGAAAUCGUCGUACAACUCGACGGCUACCCAGGAACUGGAACUUUGCUGCUUGGACAAAUGAGCAAUUCGUUCGUCGGCCGUAUGCGCUUGUCCGACUCAGCAGGCAGAAUAUUGUUCUUGUACGCCUCGAUCGUCGUCGAGAAAGGAUUUGCCAUCAGAAUCAACAUCACCGCGCCCUAUUGGAUCAUCAACAAGACUGGUUUACCACUGGUUUUUCGUCAAGAAGGCGUUGGCUUGGAAGCAGCUGGACAAUUUGAGGAACACGAAAAAGCACGGAUGGUCGCACCCUUGCUCUUCUCCUUCAGCGACGAAGAAGCCAGCAGAACCCUCGCUGUUCGUGUUGGAACUGGUGUUCAUCCUAACGGCGUUGCACAAUGGUCACAACAUUUUCAUUUGCAGCUCGGUGUCCAGGUGCAUCGACUACGAGUCACUCUUCGCGAUGGCAGGCCAGACGUUGUAUAUUUGAUUGGCGUUGCUACCCGUGCAGCCAGAGGGAAAUACAGACCAACGACGGUCAUCACUUUGUCGCCACGAUAUCAACUGCAUAACAGAUCCUCGUACACACUGGAACUAGCACAAAAGAGUUUUACCACUACCGUUAGCCAUCCUGAUGCCCAAGCAACCUACAUUACCGCGAUGCCCGAUUGUCAUAUGCCGUUCCAUUGGCCACGUCUCGACAAGGACCAAUUGCUCUGCGUACGAAUACUCGAUGUACCGAAUUGUAUGUGGUCCGGAGGUAUAAUAUUAGAUGGCAAUCACUCGUUGACUAUAAACAUACGAGACUCAGCAAGCAAAAUGCAUUUCCUCCGAGUGGACGUGGUUCUUCAGGAAAGUACAUAUUUCAUCGUGUUCACCGAUGCUGAGACGAUGCCACCUCCAAUAAGAGUUGAUAAUUUUUCAGAAGUACCUUUGGUCAUUAACCAGACCUCAGUUUUGGAAAGCCUCCAAUGGACCGUGAGGCCUCAUUGUUCCGUCCCUUAUGCUCUUGACGAACCAACCGAACAAGCAAAUUUAACUGUAACUGCACCGGGUGGUGUCACUCUGUCUUACGACUUGAAUAUAUUGGGUGAAAAUCGUGGAUUGACCUACGAAAACUUUAUCUACAUAGCAUUUACGGGAACUUUCAAAGACGAGGGUGAUCUGGGAACAGGUGAAAGGAACUUGGAUCCACUGGAUGUUGAAACACAAAGAUUAGUGUUGGAAGCCGGUCCCGGAGGAUGGGUAGCUCUGCGUCGAAAACAAUACGGUGCCCGAUCCCAAUUGUGGAGAAUGACCGGUGAUGGUCAAUUACAACACGAAGGCUCGAGUCCACCGCGUGACAAACACUCAAGAACUCCGGACACGGUACUGGUAUUGGAUAUAGCAGGAACGGCUCCGCAACCCUUCACGUACUGUGCUCUAGCAUUGAGGCGACCCGAUCCUCGUAGAAGAUCCACGCAAACUUGGCGAUUUACAGACGACGGGAGAUUGUGUUGCGCUCAUCAAAACAUGUGUGUUCAAUCCAAAGAUGGUUUUAUGGGUCUGCACGAAGGCGGCAGUGUCGCCCGUUGGCAAAUGUGGAGCGAAGCCGUUUUGGGUCCACAAAUUCACAGCAGUCCUCCACCCGUCGAGCAACGAGUUGGCAGGCAAAGACUCAGACCCGGUUCCGGAUUCUUAUCAGUCAGAGUUACGACUGAUGGACCAACGAGAGUUCUGCAAAUACUUGAUAUCAAAGAAAGAAAAAGAACUUUUGCCUUGUUGGAAGAGCGUGACUGGUCUCACAUCGCAGGGACGCAACGUCCAACUCAAAUCGAAACGUACGAAAAAAGUUCAGGUUCGCGAGAGUUACAAUUGAACGUGAAUCUCACUGCUGGCUUAGGACUGUCGAUCGUAUCGCGGAAGCCUGCGGAGGAAUUGUUAUUCGCAAGAUUAGCAGGAAUUAAUUUCGAGCUGAUUCAAUCGAGUUUGAACACGACGUUGAAUCUUAGUGUAAAUAACGUACAAAUCGAUAAUCAACUUUUUGAGGCUCAGUGUUCUUCAGUUUUGUAUAUUGCGAAAACAUCGAAACCGGACGCAGACGAGAGACCAGCGAUCGAAGUUGCUGCGGAAAAAUUAGCGUCCAAGAAUCAAAACGCUGAGAUAUACAAACAUCUCGUCAUGAGCAUAAAACCGCUGUGCGUCCAUUUGGAGGAGAGACUGAUAUUGAAACUCGCAGCUUUCGUCGGUACUGGACGUUCUGAAUUGGAUGUACCGGUCGAUGAAAACGAUUUCAAAGCACAACGAUUCAUAUCUGAAGUAUCAGCUGCUCAUGCCAAACGUUACUAUUUCGGAGCUUUAAAACUUGUGCCCAGUCAGGUUAAAUUGAGUGUUCUUACGACGACGAAAUUGCCACCUCAUCUUCAAUCGAUCAAACGAAAAUUAGGACUGACUCUGAUAAAAUUCGAAGAUGCGACGAUAGAAUUGGAACCAUUCAUCAAAAAACACCCCUUCGAAAGCAGCCAAUUUCUUAUUCAUUCUAUCAUUAGACACUACAAAGACGAAUUAAAAUGGCAAGCAGCUGUGAUAUUAGGCUCCGUAGACUUUUUGGGCAACCCUCUCGGGUUCGUGAACGACGUGUCCGAAGGUGUUUCAGGAUUAAUUUACGAAGGAAGUGUCAAAACAUUAGUAAAAAAUGUGACUCACGGCUUAUCGAAUUCGGCUGCGAAAGUAACGGAAUCAUUGUCCGAUGGGCUCGGACGUGUAAUUAUGGACGAACGUCACGAAGAAGCAAGACAAAAAAUACGCGCUAAUAAUGCUGGAAGCAGCGACCAUUUGGUCGCUGGAUUGAAAGGACUUGGAUUUGGACUGUUGGGUGGAAUGACAAGUAUUUUUAAACAAACGUAUGACGGUGCUGCCAAUGAAGGUUUCCCUGGAUUUUUCGCCGGUUUUGGUAAAGGCGUUGUGGGGACAAUAACUAAACCAGUUGUAGGAGUUUUGGACCUCGCGACUGAAACAGCAACGGCAGUUCGGGAAACGAGCAGAAGCGCCCAUCGCACAAUACCAAAAAGAGACCGCUUGCCUCGUGUAGCGAGUGGACCUGCGGGCCUCUUGCCGCCUUACAGUUCGCAACAAGCCGAGGGCCAAGAAUUUUUGUACAUUAUUAACGAACGUGACUAUUCCGAAUUAUUCGUGGCAUACGAGUGUCUUUGCAGUGGAACGGAAAAUCUUCGCGUUUUGGUCUCGAAUGUACGGGUUCGUGUAAUAUCAGGAGGAACCAAGAGCGUUGUUACGGAAGUCAGUCUCGCUGAUUUAUUGCACUGCCAACCGAUUCAUAAAAUUGAGAGCGACGGUACGACUCUGCAUUAUAUCGAGCUGACAUCCAGAACUGAUACGGCAACAGCUCUCCAUGUCGACGGAACUGAACUUCUGAGAAGACCAAAAGUUCGUUGUGACAGUGCAGACGUUGCUAAAUGGUACGGCUCACAUUCAUUUUCCAGGUGUCACAGCAAAUAAAUUAUGCAAAAGGAAUGCACGGAGAACGAAGUCUGACUCUGAUGUCAUCGGACAACUUAUUGGAUAACAUCCGUUCGUACAAUUAGACAAAAGACAUUGAGAUAAAGGGGAGAAAAGCGUCGAACGAUGUGAGUUUGCUGAAUAGAUAAAUACGUUACGAGCAUUGAUCUCCUAUAUUCGAAAAACCAAAUAACAAAAUAGUCAAAGCAGAAUCGCCAUCACGAAUCGUUGGAAUUCUAGUGGACUGAAUGAAAUGCUGACGGUUCAAUUGAGCACAAAAUUUAUUUGUAUUUUGUUCCCUUCAUACUAUAUUGUCUACGUAAUCUCAAUAUGAUUUCGUGAUGAUCGAUUUACGUUGGUUAAAUUUCACAAAUUAUCAUUGAUAAGGAAAUUGUGUUGCAUGUUAAAAAAGACAAAGUGAAAAGAGAGAAAGAAAGUCCACCAAAUUUUGUAAAAAAAAAACGAAAAAAAAAUACCAAACAAAUAUAUUUUUUCGGAUAUUUAUUCCUUAGAAGCGUUAGUACGAAGGAUAUUACGAUAAGUCUGCGCUAUUGCAAGGGGCACAAUACAAUAGAAAACGUGAAUACCUUGUUACCCCCGUUGGAGAAGCUCCCGGAAACAAAAAAAAUGUCUUGUUCCUAUGCAUACGCGGGUGCGCAUACUCGUGGGUGAGUGAUGUGUGUGUGUGUGUGUGUGUGUGUGUGUGUGUGUGUCGCGCGCGACUGAAGUAAAAUUUUUUAUUUUUCUUCUUGCUCUGACUCGUGUCCUCGAUUCAAUUCCUCAAUUCUUAGAGGCGAGUAACCGAUGGAUCAUUAAUUUUUUUUCAAAUUUAACGAGAUUUAAAAAAUGAAUAUUCAAACUUUUCUAUUCUCCGGAGAUGAAAUAUCUGAAGGGAAUCUCUGUUUCUCAUAUUGUUUUGACAUGCGAGGAAAAUGAUGCAGGAAUACAUGAAAAAAUGAUGCCUUUGAAUAGCAAACAUUGUCAAGAAAUUGAAAAAUUAAUGAGAGCCGGAAGAAAUACCUCUUAAUAUCGAUAAAUCCGACUCAUUUAUUCAUUACGUUAAAUUUCCUCCAUAGAUUGCCAAAAGAAGCACGAGUAGAGGCAAUGAAGUAAAAAAUUACUUCUCUCGCAUUAGCUGUAUAUAUGGGUGAUGAAAACAUCAAUUUUAUUUGGUUUACACACUCGUAAGCAAUUAUGCAAAUACUUCACGGAGAAGUAUCUCUCACAAUUUGAGCUUCCUAAAAAAAAAAUUUCAUAUUUAAGAAACUCAUUCUACCGAAAUUUGUAAAAAUUCUCUCAGUUGCUUAUGAACGGUGUCGCAUGAAAAAAAAAGAAAAAAAAAAGCAUUUCCUCGGUGUUGGACAUCCAUGUGCUAGCAACGUCUUGAAAUUUUGUUGGAAAAUCUAAUUUGUAAGAGGAUUAUUUCUCUGUGAGGUAUCGCAGUAAUCACUGACGACUCUGACAAAAUUGAAGAGUCGAUGAGUAGAAAAAAAGUUGCAUAAGCCACAUAAAUCACCCCAAUAUACGUAAAUGUAAAACUUGUUAACCAGAAAAAGGACAUGGAGUAAAUGCAUAUACCGAAUAAUGUGAAUAAAUGUACCAUAGCACGCUUUUAGAUAUAGUGUACAAUUCAAAGGAUGGUUAAAAAGUAGUUGAUAUUACCUUGAGUUGCAAAAAAUGUGAUAGAAUACAAUGUUAAUAAUUUGAAAAAGCCAGCAACAGUCAUGCAUCUUUUUGUUGUGAAAACACAAAUUAUGCGGUUGAACCGAACUGAAAUUAUAUUUUUGUUUCUCAUCGUUUGAAAUUAAAAUGAAGCGAAUAGCAUUGCGUUGAA